AUGAUCACAACGACGUCUCCUGUCAAUUGGUCAAACGUCGUAGAAAUAACUGACACUUCCUUACAUUUACACGACAUUAGAUACAAAGCAUACAUCGCGGUUAUGUUUUUCAUCCUCACGGCUGGUUUCCUUGGCAACGUAGUGACAAUACUCGUCCUUUAUCAACCGUCACUGCGCAGUGAAACCUUGACCCCACUCAUGGUGAACCUUGCCUUUGCUGAUCUUUUCCUAACCAUAUUUGGGUACCCCACGUCCAUCACCAUGCUCCUUGCUGGAAGAGACAUCGGAAACGAUGAAACAGGUUGUAGCUGGUACGGUUUCGCUAACGGAACUGUAGGAAUUGCAUCUAUUGUCACCUUCACCGAGAUGACUAUUGUUUUGAGUUAUAUCAUGCAUCAAAUGAAGCCCAGAUAUAGGUGCUCACGAAAAGUGACCUGCGGUCUCACUAUGGCACCUUGGUCUUAUGGUGCGAUGUGUAUGCUUCCCCCUCUUCUUGGUGUGACGCACUUUUCCCCAGGGGCUGCUGGCAUGAACUGCGGUCCUGAUUGGAUAGAUAUUUCAACCAUUGGCAUGGUCUACAGUUUGCUGCUGGUCACAGCUGGAUUUUUCGUUCCACUAAUUAUCAUCUCUCUUUGUUACUUCAAGAUCUUCAGGUUAGUAUUCUUGGCUCAAAUGCUAAGGUGACUAUGUAAUGUAACAGCGCUAUUUAGGAGUUCUCUUACUGAGCUGAGCAAUUGCAAUGUGGCAUAUGAUCUUAAUCAAAAUUUAUUGAAACUCCUAAACUUUUUAGUUCAAGAGAACUAGAGAGGAGAUAGUUGAAUGACUCGAAGUAUUUUUAUCUGACUGAAUUAGAGUAGCAAUUUUGCAAUUACAGAGCCAGAAAUUUAGAUAUUUAGAUAUUUCCCAAAGCUAGAUCAAAGCAGUUUUUAAUAAUGGUAUUUAUUCUCCAUGUAGAGUCGCUUGAAAUAAGCUAAACCAUUCAUAUAAAGUAUUCAUUUCCAUUAGUUUGAUCCUCUUAAUACUAAAUCAGUGACUCACUUAGUAGUUAGAGCGCUUUUCGAUUGAGUGUUGUAAAACCAAACCCAAAGUUAUCACAACAGCCAAUCAGAAUAAGAGGAAAUAUCACAAGGUGCCAAUGGGAAGGCAGAGUGAAAACGUGUAAACUGCGUAGAGCGCGGGAAAACGCGGGUGACCAAGGCGCGAUUGGUUUUAGGUUUUGCUUAUGAUUGGACGAGAGAGUGGUGCAAGUUUUGUGGACCAAUCAUUACCCUUGACAGUCAUUUGUAAAUUACUCUACUUUCAUCUGCGUAACAUUUUCUUACUAGGCUCCUCCGUGAAGAUCUCGUUCCAGGUAAUAGACCCAUAAGAUUGCGGCGGAGAAAACGGCAAAUUAAGUUACUGCGACUGACUGUAGUGGCCAUCACUGUGUUUAUACUGAGUUGGUCUCCGUACUGUAUAGUCAGCAUUAUGAGUAUCUUCAGGGGCGAUCAUUUGCUUUCACCCGGCGAAGCUGAAAUUCCUGAUCUUAUGGCAAAAGCGUCAGUGAUCUACAACCCCUUCGUGUACACAGUCAUGAAUAGACGUUUCCGUCUGACGCUGUGGGCGGUUGUAUCUCGUAAGAGUCAUAGACAGCGACUUUCUAGUAAAAGUAAGGAAUCAAGUACUUCUGUGCAUAAUCGUAUCACAGAUAGUAAGAGUUUGAAGGUGGCUUUUAACGUGUAG